UACCCCCAUCGCACGCGCUUCCGCCCAUCAUCAUCGCCAUGGCCCUGCGCCAACUGCCCUUCCGCGCGGCAUCAGGCCUCUGCAGAGAGGUGCGGCCUGCUGUGCAGGCCUGCCGGCCCUCGCUCCGCCGCAAUGCCUCCUCGCCCGCCAUCCACGAAGUCGAGGACUCGUCGUCCUUCGCCGUGCCUCCGCCGUCGAAAGACCUCGUCCAGAACUUCGACCCCAUCGCACGUAGCAGACAGAGGCGCCAGGGCAAGAAGCAGCUUCCGGCCAGCAGAUACCAGUACCGCUCGCCCAAGUACUACCGUGGUCCUCUCCAUCCGCACCAGCCGCCGCCCCCGUCAGACCCUGCGUCGCGCGAAUUCCAGCCUGGCCCCUUCAGUCUGCCUCGGCUGGAACAGACAUACCAAAGCACCAUUGCCGCCGAUAUCCUCACCCUCACAUACCAGCACUACCCGCCGGGCUACAGGCCGCCCAAGGUCGAGAACCGCCUACGGCAAUGGACUGGAGCCUCCCCAUACUUCAAGAACCGCCCGCUGAGAGGGCCGCGAGGACGCGGUGAGGAGCUGCGGUUGUUGCACGAACCCCGAACGUUCCGGAACAUCCCAAAGAUUACAAAGAUCACCGUCCACUCCUUCGUGCCCGAGGCCCAAGAGAACAGCGCGCAUUUGCAUGUUGCUGGUAUGAUCCUGCAGGCCGUCAGCAACGUCCGAGCGACCGCGCACAAGGCUAGACACAACGUAGUUGGGUGGGGACUUCGUGAGGGCAAGUACGUGGCUGUCACAUCCGACAUGGAGCGCGAGGACGCACACCACUUUUUGGCCAAGCUUGUGGAUGUUGUGCUGCCCCGUAUCAAAGAAUGGAAGGGAGUGCCAGGCUCAUCCGGAGACGGAGCCGGAAACAUGACCUUCGGUCUCACGCCUCAGCAGGUUGCCCUGUUCCCCGAGAUCGAGGUCAACUACGACGCUUACCCACCAAAGAUGAUCCCGGGUAUGCAUAUAACUAUUCAAACCGACGCCACGAACAACAAGGAUGCUCGCCUACUGCUCCAAGCCGUCGGCCUGCCAUUCUAUGGAAAGCUCAACGACUAGACGAGCACCACCAGCCUGUAAAACAUGUAAAAUGUGUAAGACAAUCGUGUAUAAUGGACAUAGAGUUGCACGCACGCGCUGCCACAAAGAACGGUGCUACCCCAAGCGCCUUUGUUUCCGUUGUUUCUUCUUCACACCUUUGUCCCUAUUCUAGUGACUUGUUUCAAAUUAGCAUCGCCAGACAAUGCCAUCUAUCUCCAGAUGUCGGUUCUGAGUACGGGCGCUCUUUCCCGUGCGAGCCCAGCUCCUGCUCUCUAGCCGUUGUGCCUUCCAUUAAAGCACCGUACCUCACCCGGCAAUCAGCG